AAUUGCAAGGAAGAAUGCCAAAUGAUCCAUUCAAAAGAGGGAAAAGGGAAGUUUCCAGAUCAGAUACAGCCAAAGAGUGAUGAAACAAAGAAAUCACAAAGUGGAAUGAAAAAAGGCUUUCCGAGGGUCAGUUGGCUUCAUAACCAUACAAGCAUUGAUAUGAGAGAAAAACCAUAUAAAUGCAUGGAGUGUGGAAAGACCUUUACUUGUAGCAGUAGUCUCAAUUACCAUAAGAGGAUCCACACUGGAGAGAAGCCAUAUCAAUGUAUGGAAUGUGGAAAGACCUUUACUUGUAGGAGUAGUCUCAAUUCCCAUAAGAGGAUCCACAGUGGAGAGAGGCCAUAUCAAUGCCUGGAAUGUGGAAAGACCUAUACUGAUAGCGGUAGUCUCAAUUACCAUAAGAGGAUCCACACUGGAGAAAAGCCAUAUCAGUGCCUGGAAUGUGGAAAGACCUUUACUUGUAGGAGUAGUCUCAAUUCCCAUAAGAGAAUACACACUGGAGAGAAGCCAUAUCAAUGCAUGGAAUGUGGAAAGACCUUUACUUGUAGCAGUCAUCUCAAUUCCCAUAAGAGGAUCCACACUGGAGAGAAGCCAUAUCAGUGCCUGAAAUGUGGAAGGACAUUUACUUGUAGUGGUUCUCUCAAUACCCAUAAGAGGAUCCACACUGGAGAGAAGCCAUAUCCAUGCAUGGAAUGUGGAAAGACCUUUACUUGUAGCACUAACCUCAAUUCCCAUAAGAGGGUCCACACUGGAGAGAAGCCAUAUCAAUGCAUGGAAUGUGGAAAGAGCUUUACUUAUAGCAGUCAUCUUAAUUUACAUAAGAGGGUCCACACUGGAGAGAAGCCAUAUCCAUGCAUGGAAUGUGGAAAGACCUUUACUUCUAGCACUAACCUCAAUUCCCAUAAGAGGAUCCACACUGGAGAGAAGCCAUACCAAUGCAUGGAAUGUGGAAAGAGCUUUACUUGUAGCAGUCGUCUCAAUUCCCAUAAGUGGAUCCACACUGGAGAAAAGCCAUAUCAAUGCCUGGAAUGUGGAAAGACCUUCUCUUGUAAUUCCUCUCUUACAAUCCAUCAUAGGAAUCACAAAGGAAAAAGACCUUAUAAAUGCAUGGAGUGCGGAAAGACCUUUACUCGUAGCAGUAAUCUUAAUUCCCACAAAAGGAUCCACACAGGAGAGAAGCCAUAUCAAUGCCUGGAAUGUGGAAAGACCUUUACCUAUAGCGGUAAUCUUAAUUCCCACAAGACGGUCCACACUGGAGAGAAGCCAUAUCAAUGCAUGGAAUGUGGAAAGACCUUUACUUGUAGCAGUAGUCUCAGUUCCCAUAAGUGGAUCCACACUGGAGAGAAGCCAUAUCAAUGCCUGGAAUGUGGAAAGACCUUCUCUUGUAAUUACUCUCUUACAAUCCAUCAUAGGAAUCACAAAGGAAAAAGACCUUAUAAAUGCAUGGAGUGCGGAAAGACCUUUACUCGUAGCAGUAAUCUUAAUUCCCACAAGAGGAUCCACACAGGAGAGAAGCCAUAUCAAUGCAUGGAGUGUGGAAAGACCUUUACCUAUAGCAGUAGUCUUAAUUCCCACAAGACGGUCCACACAGGAGAGAUGCCAUAUACAUGUGUGGAAUGUGGAAAGGGUUUUAGGUGGAAUUGUGAUUUUAUCUCCCACAAAAGAAUCCACACAGGGGAGAAACCAUAUCAAUGCAUGGAGUGUGGGAAGAGCUUUGCCAGGAAUUCCACUCUUUCUUGGCAUAGAAGGAUCCAUACACGGGAGAAACCAUAUCAAUAAAGAGAAGAACCAUAUAAAUGCAUGGAGUGUGGAAAGACCUUUACUCGUAGCAGUAAUCUUAGUUCCCACAAGAGGAUCCACACAGGAGAGAAGCCAUAUCAGUGCCUGGAAUGUGGAAAGACCUUCAUCUAUAGCAGUCGUCUCAAUUCCCAUAAUAGGAUCCACACAGGAGAGAAGCCAUAUCAAUGCAUGGAAUGUGGAAAGAGCUUUACUUGUAGAAGUCGUCUCAAUUCCCAUAAGUGGAUCCACACUGGAGAGAAGCCAUAUCAAUGCCUGGAAUGUGGAAAGAGUUUUAGGUGGAAUUGUGAUUUUAUCUCCCACAAAAGAAUCCACACAGGGGAGAAGCCAUAUCAAUGCACGGAGUGUGGGAAGAGUUUUGCCAGGAAUUCCACUCUUGCUUGGCAUAGAAGGAUCCAUACGGGAGAAGAACCAUAUAAAUGCAUGGAGUGUGGAAAGUCCUUUAAUAAAUCUGAUCAUCUUAUUUCCCAUAAAAAGACACAUUUAGAAGACACACCAUAUAACUCCAGGGAGUGUGGAAAGACCUCCUGUAAUGAUUACUCUCUUAGAAGUCAUGAAAGAAAUCACAAGGGAGAAAGACCUUAUAAAUGCAUGGAGUGUGGAAAGACCUUUACUUGUAGCAGUGGUCUCAAAUACCAUAAGAGGAUCCACACUGGAGAGAAGCCAUAUCAGUGCAUGGAAUGUGGAAAGACCUUUACUUGUAGCAGUAGUCUCAAUUCCCAUAAGAGGAUCCACACUGGAGAGAAGCCAUAUCAGUGCCUGGAAUGUGGAAAGACUUUUACUUGUAGCAGUAGUCUCAAUUACCAUAAGAGGAUCCACACUGGAGAGAAGCCAUAUCAGUGCAUGGAGUGCGGAAAGACCUUUACUUGUAGCAGUGGUCUCAAUUACCAUAAGAGGAUCCACACUGGAGAGAAGCCAUAUCAGUGCAUGGAGUGCGGAAAGACCUUUACUUGUAGCAGUGGUCUCAAUUACCAUAAGAGAAUCCACACUGGAGAGAAGCCAUAUUCAUGCAUGGAAUGUGGAAAGACCUUUACUUGUAGCAGUAGUCUCAAUUCCCAUAAGAGAAUCCACACUGGAGAGAAGCCAUAUUCAUGCAUGGAAUGUGGAAAGACCUUUACUUGUAGCAGUAGUCUCAAUUCCCAUAAGAAGAUCCACACUGGAGAGAAGCCAUAUUCAUGCAUGGAAUGUGGAAAGACCUUUACUUGUAGCAGUGGUCUCAAUUACCAUAAGAGAAUCCACACUGGAGAGAAGCCAUAUUCAUGCAUGGAAUGUGGAAAGACCUUUACUUGUAGCAGUAGUCUCAAUUCCCAUAAGAGAAUCCACACUGGAGAGAAGCCAUAUUCAUGCAUGGAAUGUGGAAAGACCUUUACUUGUAGCAGUCAUCUCAAUUCCCAUAAGAAGAUCCACACUGGAGAGAAGCCAUAUUCAUGCAUGGAAUAUGGAAAGACCUUUACUUGUAGCACUAACCUCAAUUCCCAUAAUAGGAUCCACACUGGAGAGAAGCCAUAUCAAUGCAUGGAAUGUGGAAAUACCUUCUCUUAUAAGCACUCUCUUACAAUCCAUCAUAGGAAUCACAAAGGAAAAAGACCUUAUAAAUGCAUGGAGUGUGGAAAAACUUUUACUUGUAGCAAUCGUCUCAAUUCCCAUAAGUGGAUCCACACUGGAGAGAAGCCAUAUCAAUGCCUGGAAUGUGGAAAGACCUUCUCUUACAAUUACUCUCUUACAAUCCAUUAUAGGAAUCACAAAGGAAAAAGACCUUAUAAAUGCAUGGAGUGUGGAAAGACCUUUAUUCGUAACACUAAUCUUAAUUCCCACAAGAGGAUGCACACAGGAGAGAAGCCAUAUCAAUGCAUGGAGUGUGGAAAGAGCUUUACCUAUAGCAGUAGUCUUAAUUACCACAAGACGGUCCACAUAGGAGAUAUGCCAUAUAAAUGUGUGGAAUGUGGAAAGGGUUUUAGGUGGAAUUGUUCUCUUAUCUCCCACAAGAGAAGCCACACAGGGGAGAAGCCAUAUCAAUGCAUGGAGUGUGGGAAGAGCUUUGCCAGGAAUUCCACUCUUUCUUGGCAUAGAAGGAUCCAUACGGGAGAAGAACCAUAUAAAUGCAUGGAGUGUGGAAAGUCCUUUAAUAAAUCUGAUCAUCUGAUUUCCCAUAAAAAGACACAUUUAGAAGACACACCAUAUAACUCCAGGGAGUGUGGAAAGACCUCCUGUAAUGAUUACUCUCUUAGAAGUCAUGAAAGAAAUCACAAAGGAGAAAGACCUUAUAAAUGCAUGGAGUGUGGAAAGACCUUUACUUGUAGCAGUGGUCUCAAAUAUCAUAAGAGGAUCCACACUGGAGAGAAGCCAUAUCAGUGCCUGGAAUGUGGAAAGACCUUUACUGGUCACAGUGGUCUCAAUUACCAUAAGAGGAUCCACACUGGAGAGAAGCCAUAUCAGUGCAUGGAGUGCGAAAAGACCUUUACUUGUAGUAGUGGUCUCAAUUACCAUAAGAGGAUCCACACUGGAGAGAAGCCAUAUCAGUGCAUGGAGUGCGGAAAGACCUUUACUUGUAGCAGUGGUCUCAAUUACCAUAAGAGGAUCCACAGUGGAGAGAAGCCAUAUCAGUGCCGGGAAUGUGGAAAGACCUUUACUUGUAGCAGUAGUCUCAAUUACCAUAAGAGAAUCCACACUGGAGAGAAGCCAUAUGAAUGUCUGGAAUGUGGAAAGACCUUUACUUGUAGUAGUCAUCUCAAUUCCCAUAAGAAGAUCCACACUGGAGAGAAGCCAUAUUCAUGCAUGGAAUGUGGAAAGACCUUUACUUGUAACACUAACCUCAAUUCCCAUAAGAAGAUCCACACUGGAGAAAAGCNAUGCAUGGAAUGUGGAAAAACUUUUACUUGUAGCAAUCGUCUCAAUUCCCAUAAGUGGAUCCACACUGGAGAAAAGCCAUAUCAAUGCCUGGAAUGUGGAAAGACCUUCUCUUACAAUUACUCUCUUACAAUCCAUCAUAGGAAUCACAAAGGAAAAAGACCUUAUAAAUGCAUGGAGUGUGGAAAGACCUUUAUUCGUAACACUAAUCUUAAUUCCCACAAGAGGAUGCACACAGGAGAGAAGCCAUAUCAUUGUAUGGAGUGUGGAAAGACCUUUACCUAUAGCAGUAGUCUUAAUUAUCACAAGACGGUCCACAUAGGAGAUAUGCCAUAUAAAUGUGUGGAAUGUGGAAAGGGUUUUAGGUGGAAUUGUGAUUUUAUCUCCCACAAAAGAAUCCACACAGGGGAGAAACCAUAUCAAUGCAUGGAGUGUGGGAAGAGCUUUGCCAGGAAUUCCACUCUUUCUUGGCAUAGAAGGAUCCAUACACGGGAGAAACCAUAUCAAUAAAGGAAGGAGUGUGGAAAGACCUCCUGUAAUGAUUACUCUCUUAGAAGUCAUGAAAGAAAUCACAAAGGAGAAAGACCUUAUAAAUGCAUGGAGUGUGGAAAGACCUUUACUUGUAGCAGUGGUCUCAAAUAUCAUAAGAGGAUCCACACUGGAGAGAAGCCAUAUCAGUGCCUGGAAUGUGGAAAGACCUUUACUGGUCACAGUGGUCUCAAUUACCAUAAGAGGAUCCACACUGGAGAGAAGCCAUAUCAGUGCAUGGAGUGCGAAAAGACCUUUACUUGUAGUAGUGGUUUCAAUUACCAUAAGAGGAUCCACACUGGAGAGAAGCCAUAUCAGUGCAUGGAGUGCGGAAAGACCUUUACUUGUAGCAGUGGUCUCAAUUACCAUAAGAGGAUCCACAGUGGAGAGAAGCCAUAUCAGUGCCGGGAAUGUGGAAAGACCUUUACUUGUAGCAGUAGUCUCAAUUCCCAUAAGAGAAUCCACACUGGAGAGAAGCCAUAUGAAUGUCUGGAAUGUGGAAAGACCUUUACUUGUAGUAGUCAUCUCAAUUCCCAUAAGAAGAUCCACACUGGAGAGAAGCCAUAUUCAUGCAUGGAAUGUGGAAAGACCUUUACUUGUAACACUAACCUCAAUUCCCAUAAGAAGAUCCACACUGGAGAAAAAGAAGAACCAUAUAAAUGCAUGGAGUGUGGAAAGACCUUUACUCGUAGCAGUAAUCUUAAUUCCCACAAGAGGAUCCACACAGGAGAGAAGCCAUAUCAGUGCCUGGAAUGUGGAAAGACCUUCAUCUAUAGCAGUCGUCUCAAUUCCCAUAAGAGGAUCCACACAGGAGAGAAGCCAUAUCAAUGCAUGGAAUGUGGAAAGAGCUUUACUUGUAGCAGUCGUCUCAAUUCCCAUAAGAGGAUCCACACUAGAGAGAAGCCAUAUCAAUGCCUGGAAUGUGGAAAGUCCUUCUCUUGCAAUUACUUUCUUACAAUACAUCAUAGGAAUCACAAAGGAAAAAGACCUUAUAAAUGCAUGGAGUGUGGAAAGACCUUUACUCGUAGCAGUAAUCUUAAUUCCCACAAGAGGAUCCACACAGGAGAGAAGCCAUAUCAAUGCCUAGAAUGUGGAAAGACCUUUACUUAUAACGGUAAUCUUAAUUCCCACAAGACGGUCCACACAGGAGAGAAGCCAUAUCAGUGCCUGGAAUGUGGAAAGACUUUUACUUGUAGCAGUAGUCUCAAUUACCAUAAGAGAAUCCACACUGGAGAGAAGCCAUAUCAAUGCAUGGAAUGUGGAAAGACCUUUACUUGUAGUGGUACUCUCAAUACCCAUAAGAGGAUCCACACUGGAGAGAAGCCAUAUCCAUGCAUGGAAUGUGGAAAGACCUUUACUUGUAGCACUAACCUCAAUUCCCAUAUGAGAGUCCACACUGGAGAGAAGCCAUAUCAAUGCAUGGAAUGUGGAAAGAGCUUUUCUUGUAGCAGUAGUCUUAAUUCCCACAAGGCCGUCCACGUAGGAGAUAUGCCAUAUAAAUGUGUGGAAUGUGGAAAGGGUUUUAGGUGGAAUUGUGAUUUUGUCUCCCACAAGAGAAGCCACACAGGGGAGAAGCCAUAUCAAUGCAUGGAGUGUGGGAAGAGCUUUGCCUGGAGUUCCACUCUUUCUUGGCAUAGAAGGAUCCAUACACGGGAGAAACCAUAUCAAUAAAGGAAGUGUGAGAAGAGCUUUCCGAGGUCCAGUUGGCUUCAUUACCAUACAAGCAUUGAUAUGGGAGAAGAAUUAUAUAAAUGCAUGGAGUGUGGAAAGAGCUUUAAUAAAUCUGAUCAUCUUAUUUCCCAUAAAAAGACACAUUUAGAAGAGAAAACAUAUACCUGCAAGGAGUGUGGAAAGACUUUCUGUAAUAAUCACUCUCUUAGAAGUCAUGAAAGAAAUCACAAAGGAGAAAGACCUUAUAAAUGCAUGGAGUGUGGAAAGACCUUUACUCGUAGCAGUAAUCUUAAUUCCCAUAACAGGAUCCACACUGGAGAGAAGCCAUAUCAAUGUAUGGAGUGUGGAAAGACCUUUACUUGUAGCAGGCGUCUCAAUUCCCAUAAGAGAAUCCACACUGGAGAGAAGCCAUAUCAGUGCCUGGAAUGUGGAAAGACCUUUACUUGUAGCAGUCGUCUCAAUUACCAUAAGAGAAUUCACACUGGAGAGAAGCCAUAUCAGUGCCUGGAAUGUGGAAAGACCUUUACUCGUAGCAGGAAUCUUAAUUCCCAUAACAGGAUCCACACUGGAGAGAAGCCAUAUCAAUGCAUGGAAUGUGGAAAGACUUUUACUGGUUGGAGUAGUCUCAAUUACCAUAAGAGAAUCCACACUGGAGAGAAGCCAUAUCAGUGCCUGGAAUGUGGAAAGACUUUUACUGGUUGGAGUAGUUUCAAGUACCAUAAAAGGAUCCACACUGGAGAGAACCCAUAUCAAUGCAUGGAAUGUGGAAAGAACUUUAUUAGUAGCACUAGCCUCAAUUCCCAUAAGAGGGUCCACACACUGGAGAGAAGCCAUAACAAUGCAUAGAAUGUGGAAACACCUUUACUUGUAGCAGUAAGCUCAAUUCCCAUAAGAGGAUCCACACUGGCUAGAAGCCCUUCCAAUGCCUGGAAUGUGGAAAGACCUUCUCUUAUAAUUACUCUCUUACAAUCCAUCAUAGGAAUCACAACGGAAAAAGACCUUAUAAAU